AUGAUUUUUCAUCAUAGGCAGCAGGAGCUGCUCUUCAUCCCCGGCCCAUUAUUCACUCCAUUCCCAACGCUCCUGUUCCACAGGUCGGCUUCUGACCGAAGAACUGCAGGGCAGGAAAGAAACGUGAGGAAGAGCAGGCAACAGAAACGGGCACGGAGAAGAUUUAAAUCCCGGUGCUGUCCCUGUCCCCGUGCUAUCCCUGUCCCCGCGCUGUCCCGGUGUGGCUGGCGCUCCCGGAGCCCGGCAUUGCGGCAGGCAGUCCCGGAGGCGGCGCGGGGCCCUGCGGGCGCGGCGCGGGGCGGGCUGAGGGAGCGCCGCCCCUUCCUGCGCGAGCUAUGGCACUGCAGGGGGCGCUGCGUCGCGUGGCCGCGGCCUGGGGUGGGCGGUGAGUGCAGGCCGGGGGCGCCGGACCGGCACCGGGAAUGGCCCCGGGAAUGGGAAUGGGAUAGGGACCGGGGCACGGAUAGAGAUAGGGAUCGGGACCGGAACUGGGAUCGGGACAAAGACACGGUCUGGAGCGAGGACUGGGAUCGGCACUGGGAGUGCGACAGGGAUAAGGAUCGGGACCGGGAUCUGGACUGGUAUCGCUAUAGAAUGGGGAACAGACAGACCGCUUGUGUAGGAUUGUCGUGUGGUGCUACCGUGAAUCAAAUACAGGACAUUAUUUCACGCAACUGUGUGGUGAUUUUCUCUAAAACAACAUGCUCAUACUGCAGUAUGAUAAAAAACCUCUUUAAGGGUCUGAAUGUGAGUUACACAGCUGUGGAACUGGACCUAAAUAGAAAUGGAAAGCAGUUCCAAGACAUUCUGGAACAGAUGACUGGUGGCAGAACAGUCCCAAGAGUGUUUAUCAAUGGGACUUGUGUUGGAGGUGCAACAGAUGCUCAAAGGCUUCAUGAGGAAGGCAAACUGCUUCCUUUAAUUAAUCAGUGCAAAUCGAAGCAACCUUGCUGAGCAACCACCUCUAGCUUCGUCUUCCUUUGUAUGAACAGAGUUUCAGAUGAAAUCAGAAGAUCACAGACACAGCAUGAGCUGCACUCAACAACCUCAAACCAUGGCUUUCUGAAUUACAGAUCACUCUUGACAGACUUUAUGGCUUUGGUGAAUUACUUGGUGUCCUUGCCUCAGCUUUCCCACAAGCCCAAUGGUCAUUAGCAAACAUUCUGUAACUCUUGGGGCUCUUAGUGAGACAGUGAUGUCACUUCAUGGUGAUUGCAUCCUGCUCCAGGGAAGCCCAGGCUCUGCUAAAAGAAUCCUGUGGGUUUUGCUGCACAUUAGUUUGCUUUCUAGCUUUGUCUCAAUAAAUUGUCAAUUUUAUUUUAUGGUUUCUUUAAAUAUAAUUAUUCUGUGUCAAACUGAAGUGUAAAGCAAACCCAGUUUGUAGUGAUAGUGGUGUGUGCAUGUCUGCCUCUCCUGCACGCCAGUGCCUGAUCACCCAGCCCCCAAAUCGUGUGUCCAAUGGAACAGAAAAGGGAAUAAAGACUCUGGCAGCUUUA